AUGGCCGUCAUUACCCCUACCAAAACGGCCAAGGGCAUCAAUGGAUUCAAAGGAAGCAAUGGAGUUCGAGACGGCGGCCUUCAAACGAGGUUGCCAAACGCCACUCCUACGACGACGGCCAACGUUCUGGACAUCGCACCUCCAGCCGACGGGGAACACUCAAGCGCGGAUAACGGAAUUUGCCCGCUUCCAAUCCGCGCACCUCGCCUGCCUUCCAAGCCAGCCUCAAAACAUACAUUCCGCCCGCGCGUCUACUCCUCGCACUUCCCUCAUCCCAAAGCUCCCACAACAGAGCAGGCCAUCAAAUCCAUCCCCAAUCUCCAUUCCGCGCAGGAUCUCAUCGAAUUUUGGAAGUAUCCCGGUGAAGCCCACUCCGUCGAAACCAAAGACGGCUAUAUUCUCGGCCUAUACCGAAUCCCUAACCCACAACAUGGAUUCACGGCGUACACCGCACCCACGCCUUACAAACGACCACCAGUCAUCAUCUGGCACGGUUUGUGCAUCAGCAGCAACGCGUUCUUAUGUUCGCCCGGAGGCACUGAUACCAAUCUCGCGCUCUAUCUUGCCAGCGAAGGCUUUGACGUGUGGCUCGCCAACAGCCGUGGGUCUCGCGCAUCCCGCCGUCAUGCAAAGAUGCCCAGUCCAGACGAGAUCAUGUUUCAUUCCAAAUACUGGAAGUACGUAGGGAUGGACGAAAUGGCCAAAUUCGAUGUGCCCGCGGUGGUGGACUAUGUAAUUGCGGCUACCGGCUGGAAGAAAGUAGGCUACGUGGGAUUCUCGCAAGGAACGGCGCAGAUGUUCAUGAGCUUGAGCAUGAGUGAAGAAAUGAACUCGAAGAUAGCAUUUUUCGCAGCGCUGGCACCUGCUAUGAAGCCGAAAGGUAUGCGUCGUCCCAAGAUUGCUAACAGGGUCCUGACCCGUCUGACGAGCUACUCCCCAUCCCUUCUUUUCGUUAUGGGCUGCUGGUCAGCGCUCCCCACUGCAGAAUGGCUUCGCGGUCGCCUCUUCAACAAGGGAUAUGCGCAAGUGAUCCACAGCUCCCUGGAGGUGUUGAUGGGGUGGAAGAACAAUAAGUUCCCAAAGGAGUGGUGGCCUGCUCUGUAUAUGCACCUCUUUGCGGGAGGCAGUGUCCGUAACAUCGUGCACUGGUUCCAGAUCAUAACCGAACAGAAUUUCGCUCCAUACGACCACGAGAUCGCUCCGCACCACCUCCUUCCCUCCCACUCUUCCAGCCGCAGCAAACCCCCAUCCCUGGCGGGCGCAACCCUGACCCACUCUAUCCCAACUUUCGCCCCCACGCGCACCGGACCUUGCCCAUACCCGACCCAGCAUAUCACGGUGCCUAUGCGUCUGUUCUGUGGGACCGAGGAUAACAUUUCUGCUGAACCUGCAGUAUUCAAACAAUCACUUCCCGAGGCGCGGAUUGAGACUGUGGAAGGAUAUGAACAUAUGGUAAGCAAACCUUUUCUCCGUACGGACACACACAUUCGUUGA